AGUCGUCGUCAAAUUCAUUGACGUAUGAAAUGGAGCACGCAAAACGAAAAGCAGAAAAUACAAUGACAGAACUCUGGUAUUUUCUCGACUCCGUUUUGGGUAAAUCAGAUACAGAAAAAGGUCAGAUGCCACUUAAGAUACCGGAACUGAGAGAAAGUCUGCAAGGAUACAAACGAAGCCUGUUUGGUGACUUUGAAAAGCUCCGGACCGCCAACAAAGCAGACGUUUACAGAAAACAAAGACUUCAAGAACUAGGGGAUUUAAUUCAGAGGAGGUUAGAGUAUCUUCAGAACCCAACUGAUUGUAAAACUGCUAAGAAGCUCGUCUGCAUCUUGACAAGAUCUUGUGGCUUCGCCUGCCAAAUACACCAUUGUUUACACUGCGUGAUAUCAGCCUAUGCCCUGGGAAGGUCUCUUGUCUUGAAGUCAAGCUCGUCUCUGUACGCUUCUGAAAGCUUCGACUCUGUGUUUGAGCCCAUGGGCAGUUCGUGUUUGUCCACUCAGUUUAACAAUACUACAAAAUGGCCAGGUACUCUGAACUACAAGAGCAGUGACAACACCAUUUUUUUAACAUCUGAGGAAAACUAUUCUCCCCAACGCCCUGCGUUCUUGCCACCUGCCGUCCCCGCAGACUUGGCCCAGGAGCUGUCCAUCCUCCAUGGGAACCCAUCAGUUUGGUGGAUCGGGCAGCUGGCUAGAUACAUCUUCAGGCUGAAAGGGAAAAAAGCUGGGUUCACAAAUACAAUUGUCGGGUAG